AUGUCUCAUUUCGGGACGAUGGCAGAACAGGUAACGUCUCGAACAGCAGUCUUCUUGAUCCCAGGAAGCGUCUGUGUCACGGGCGGCAUCUGUUUGAUCUGUGGCUUCUUUGAUUUCACCAUCUUCAUCCAUAGUGUCACAGGCAGCAUCCAUAUUAUUUGUCGAUCUGUCAAAACAGCCGACAGCUACAAUACCGAACAUGAAACUUUCUUUGACUUUCGUCCUGCUUGUGGUCACCUGCAGUUUGCUUCUGUGUUCCGAAUGUAUGGGUCACUGGCCGAGAAGAAGAUGCCUGACAAGAAAUAUGCAACAUUCAAUGUGAACAUGGCACCCGUAACAGCAAAACUUGCACAUGUGAUUGCCAAAUGUACUGGACCGGAAAUACGUGUGAAAUAUUGUGAAAACAUGAAUUCCUACCUAACUACUAUUACAUCGUCUGAAGAAAAUACCUUUAUCAAGAACUAUCUCAUUGCAAAUGGAAAAGGUACAACUUGUUGGAUUGGAGCAAACGACAUCCAGGAAGAGGGCACUUGGAUGUGGAUAUCCGAUGGAGUACCUAAACAACUAAACUACACUGACUGGUUCACAGAUGAACCCAACGAUUUUAGAAAUUCUGAGGAUUGCGCACUCUUGUUGAAAGGUUAUGGGUUGAAAUGGUUUGACGACAACUGUAUCAAAAACGAGUCCUUUACUUGCGAACAAAAGUAGCAAUGUGAAGCAUAACUGCCAGAGAUUAAUAAAACAAAAUUUCAAUUCA